UUUCUUCUCUCUCUCUCUCUCUCUAGUAAUUGCUACAGACGAAAUCAGCGAAUAAACAACAUAGGAAUGAUGGGGAGGUUGAAUUAUAGGAUAGGGUGCAUGAGUUUAGUGCAAUCAUAGGUCAACCAUUUGUUUCAAAAAUGGAUUUGUCUUUUCCACCCUUUUUCUAUCGGUUAAAGGAAAAAAGGUUGAUAGAAUCUUGUUUCUGAUUGCACCCUCAUGAGAUUGAGGAAGCGUAAACGAUGUUUUCCCUCUUGUUCUUCUCUUCGCAAAGUUGACGAGGAUGAGAUUUAUUGGAGACACAGAAAGGAAGAUGAAGAGUUGGAAUGGACACCUAAUUCCACUCACUUAAUAUCUCAGUUGACUCAAUGUUUUACUAAUGCUAUGGUUGGAUCAAGAUCAUGGAUAGGAGGACUCUUUCACCGCACAAGCACUAAGCGAAAUAAUGACAAAUUUGUUGACUAUCCUUUGAGUCCCAUUGAGGAGGAGAGACUUCAAAGGCUUCAAGAACGGGUGCAAGUGGCUUAUGAUGAAACUCGCCCCGAACAUCAAGAAGCACUGAGAGCAUUAUGGGUGUGUUCCUUUCCCAAUGUAUCUCUGGAAGGCCUAAUUUCUGACCAAUGGAAAGAUAUGGGAUGGCAAGGUCCUAAUCCAUCAACCGACUUUAGGGGAUGUGGCUUCAUUUCCCUUGAAAAUCUACUGUUUUUCGCGAGGAAAUACCCGGCAUCUUUUCACAGGUUGUUACUGAAGAAAGAAGGAAUGAGAGCAACCUGGGAGUACCCAUUUGCUGUUGCUGGCAUUAAUAUAUCAUAUAUGUUGAUACAGAUGUUGGAUUUAUACUCAGAAAAGCCACGAUGUCUUCCAGGCUCGAAUUUUGUCAAGUUAUUAGGAGAAAAUGAAGAAGCGUUCGAUAUUUUAUACUGCAUAGCGUUUGAGAUGAUGGAUGCACAAUGGCUGGCUAUGCACGCUUCCUAUAUGGAUUUUAACGAUGUUUCUAAUGCAACACGACUUCAAUUGGAGAGAGGCUUUCCCUUAGAAGACAUCAACAGAAUUCAAGAUCUGCCUGCUCACAAUCUGUUGAACACUAAGAUAAUUCUUCCUCUCCUGUCCAAGCAAAAAAAAUUCAAGUGGCCCAAUUUUGUAAGUAUUGCAGACAAUGUCUAUCCUAAAUGAACUGCAGGACUUUGCUUCUCUUCUGAAUCGAUUUGUAUGAGUCACCUUCGAAGUUCUUUGUAUGCUGAAUAAAUAUGAGAUAAUGACAUUGA